GUCGGCUCAGCUUGGCGCGGCGCGGGCGGCGCUCCCCGCCAGCGCAAGCGGCAUGAAGGAGACGUCGCUGCCCGGUACCUCGCUGCAGCGGGCCUGUCGCCUCCUCGUCGCAUUUUGCGCGCUCCAUCUCUCAGCCACGCUGCUUUACUACCUGGCGGGCAGCGCCCUGGGGCCGCCCGGCAGCCCGGAGCCCCCUCCCCGCCGUCCUCCGCCCGCUAACCUCUCGCUGCCGUUCUCCCGCCCGCCACUGCCUCCCGCCGGCCGGCCCCGGCCCCCAUUCGCCGGUUCCUCGUCGAGCCUUUGCCCCGAGCCUUCCCCGCUGCUCGUUGGUGCACUACGUGUGGAGUUUUCCCAGCCAGUGAACCUAGAAGAAGUGGCAAGAUUAAACCCAAAGGUCAAAGCUGGAGGUCGUUUUGCUCCAAAGGACUGUGUGGCACUUCAGAAAGUAGCAAUCAUCAUACCAUUCAGGAACCGAGAGGAGCACCUGAAAUACUGGCUCUAUUACCUGCAUCCCAUACUCCAAAGGCAGCAGCUAGAUUAUGGAGUCUAUGUUAUCAACCAGGAUGGAGAAGAGGAAUUUAACAGAGCUAAGCUGCUGAAUAUAGGAUUCACAGAAGCCUUGAAAGAGUAUGACUAUGACUGCUUUGUGUUCAGUGACGUAGACCUCAUCCCCAUGGAUGACAGGAACACCUACAAAUGUUACAGUCAGCCACGUCACCUCUCUGUAUCCAUGGAUAAAUUUGGAUUUCGGCUACCUUACAAUCAGUAUUUUGGAGGUGUGUCUGCCUUGAGCAAAGAGCAGUUCACAAAGAUCAAUGGGUUCCCAAAUAACUACUGGGGCUGGGGUGGCGAAGACGACGACAUUUAUAACAGGCUGGUGUUUAAAGGCAUGGGGAUAUCCCGUCCAGACGCUGUCAUCGGGAAGUGCAGGAUGAUUCGGCAUUCCCGGGAUCGCAAGAACGAGCCCAACCCUGAGAGGUUCGACAGAAUUGCUCACACAAGGGAAACAAUGAACUCCGAUGGCUUAAACACACUGUCCUACAAGGUAUUAAGGACUGACAAGUAUCCUCUGUACACAAAGAUUACAGUGGAUAUUGGCUCACCAAACAGCUAACAUCAUGGAGAUAACAACAGAGACCUUACCUAUGUUGCCCAGGACAUCUGGCCUCAAAGAUGCUUUAUAUCUGCCAGUUUUAUAACAAUUUCAACGAACUACAACAACAAAAGCCAUGUUUCAGCAUGCCAAAGCAUCUCCAAAUUGGACAAGUGCUUUUAUUUUUACUCUUCCUUAGUUUUGUUUUUUGUCUUUUUAAAUAUCAAACUUGAUAUUACACAACUUUCCAGUUCUCCACAGUUUUCUAAGUCCAGAAAAGCUGUACAUAAGAGUUGUAAAUAAUUUUACUUUGCCAGAAAAAGUUAAAUCUGAUCCAAUUUGUGACACAUCAACUUUAUUACUGGACCCAGAUUUUUUUUUUACUGAGUACAACUGUGAUGCCUCAAGCAGUUACUGCCCUUGGUAUUUUAGAAUGGGGUGGGCAAAAGCAUUCCUUUUUAAUUAAUUCAUGGUUUUUACUUUAUGAAGGACUGUAAAAUGCUGCUAAAGUUGUACAAGUUUAUGCUUUGCAUUAGAUUUUAUUGUUGUUGGUUCCUGUUUUUUUCCCCAAUGGAGAGUAUAUCAUUUAAUUCUAUUUUUUUCUUUCUCUGAACAGUGACCAAACUAAACAUUUGUGCACAGAACAAGUGUUGAACAAUCAAA